GAUUACGAUUAAUGUGUAAUGUCAUAUUGUUCACUAUUUUUAUUAUUAAUUCUAAUGUCAUGUGUUACCAAAUAUAUACCACUUAAUUGAAAUGAAAUCAUGUUAUGUUAUUGUUACCACCAAAUUAAUUAACAGCUGCUAUAUUAAUUAAUUUCCAUAUAUAUAUAUAUAUAUAUAUAUAUAAAGAAAGAUGGUAAACAUUCGGCGUGCAUAUAGCGAACGCAAAGCGCCUACUUCUCCAAGGUCGUCUGAGGUUGGAGAGAUUGAUACCGCAGCGCCCUUUCAAUCUGUCAAAGCUGCUGUUAGUUUGUUUGGUGAGGUAGCGGUGGUUUCUAGGGGGAAACGCACUCCCUGCACUCCCCGCAGAUCCAGACUAUCCUCAGAGAAUGUGAUAGACAAGGAAACACAGCUUCUGUGGGCCAACAAGGAACUUAACAAUAUUAAGCAGAAGCUGGAGAGUGCUGAAACUACAAAGGCUAAAGCCCUGGCCGAUCUAGAGAGGUCCAAGAGAACUCUCCAGGAUAUCUUCUCAAAACUCAGAACAGUAACAGAAGCGAAGCAGCUGGCAAUUCAAGCUACAGAAGCUGUCAAGAUACAGGCCAAACAACUCCAAACAACCAAAUCAGAACAAUAUUCUGAGAGCAGUACUAUUCGGAAACAAGAACUGGAGGGUGCAAGAGAGCUGUACAUCAACAGUGCUAUUGAACUUGAUGCUGCAAAACAAGAGCUCAACCAAAUCAGGCAAGAUUUUGAUGCUGCCUUGGAAGCCAAAUUGGUCGCGUUCCAGCAGGCAGCAGAAGCACAGCGUGCUGCCAAAGCACAAUCUGAAAGGGUUGCCGAGCUCUCAAAGGAAAUUCUAGCUAUGAAGGAAGCAAUUCAGCAGCUAAAGUUUGUCACUCAAGAAGCAUUGCAACAACAUGCAGAAAUCCUGGAAGCCAGAGAUGCCCUGGAACUAUCUUAUAAGAAUGCUAAGGAGGAAGCUGAAAGAAAAUUUCUAGCCUUGAAGAAAGAAUUUGAUCCUGAGCUAACUAGAAAUCUGGAGCUCAAGUUGGCAGAAACAACGGAACAGGUUGAGUAUUUACAAAUUGAGAUGAACAAGGCCCAUGCUUCUGAAAUGGAUUCCAUUAGGGUUAUAACUAAAGAGCUGAAUGAAGCUACGAGGACACUGCAACGCGCUGCAGAGGACGAAUCCUCUCUUCGGAACUUAGUGUGUUCCCUCAAGAUGGAACUGGAUGAAGUUAGGAGGGAACAAGUCGAAGCUAAAAAGGAAGCGGAAAGAGAAUGCAUUGCGGAAAAGAAAAUGACAGAAGAGGAUGCUGUGAAACUUGAUAAGUUAUUAUCAGAAACUGAAAACGCAAGACGUGAAGGAGAAAAGAUGAAGAAAAAAGUUGAGGAGCUGAAGCAAGAAGCUGAGACUUCUCGAAGAAUGGAAGAUGAAAUUGAGAAAAAGCUAGAAAUUGUUUCGAGAGAGGUGGUUGAGGCAAAACAAGUUGAGAAAAAGGCAGUUGACGAAAUGAAGGCUUUGUCGGCUGGGAAUGUCAAUAGAGAAUCUGGCGGAAAGAUUAAGAUAUCGGUGGAGCAGUUUGAGUCUUUGAAAAAGAAAGUGGAAGAAAGUGGGCCUAUAGCUGAGAAGAAAGUAGAAGCUGCAAUGGCAGAACUGAAAGAAAUCAAUGCAAGCAAUGAGGAGGUGACUAAAAAAUUGGAGGCAAAUUUGAAAGCAAUAGAGGAAAUCAAGGGUGCAACAGAGAUGACUUUGAAGUCAGCAGAGAUGGCAGAGGCAGUGCAAAGCAUGGUUGAGAGUGAACUUAGAAAGUGGCGUCAAGAAGACGAGGUGGUAGCUUAAGCCAUUUCAGUUCAGGGACUCAAAUUGAAAUUUAGUUAACGUUUGCCUCUUCUGUCCUGCAGAAAAGUUAACUUUCUUCUUCAGAUCUGUCCAGUCCUAGCUAAUUUUGUAUCUUUUGAAAGG